AACUAAAAAAGAAAGAACUCAUUCUCCAUAUUGGGAAUUUUCCAUAUCUCCCGCCAAAGCUUGUCAUUCAAAUUCUUCAUUUUGAGAAACUGAAUUGAACAACGCCGCCGGCAUUUCCAUUCCCCAGUUUUCCGAUGUCGGCUUCUUUACCCAAGAUGGAGGCGCUUUAUUCUAAGCUCUACAGCAAGUACGCUAAGCUCAAGAAAGAAAAAGACACUAGCAUGGAGAACCUGAAUCGGGAACAAGAGGAGAAAUUUGUGAAUUAUGUGGCUGCUGCCGAUGCAGUGAUUGACCACUUGAGAAGUGAAACGGACAGACUAAAGGAACAAGUAAAUGAGUUGAGGAGUGAAAUGACAUCAAUGAGGUCUGCCAAUGAUGAAGAAAUGAUUCGAUACCAAAAGCUUUUGAUGGAAGAGAACCUGAAGAAUACGGAACUCCGUGAUGAAAUUCAGAGGCUUCAACAACAUGAUCAGCAGGGGACCUGUUUCAACGCUAGCAAUGAUAAAGGAAAAAGCAGACAAAUUAUUACUGAUGGAGAUUUUCUUCCAGAUGCAUUGGAUGACUCAACCAUAACAAACAAGAAACACUUUAGGCAGUCUUUGCUCAUUGUACAAGACACACAUACACCGUCUCCCAUGGAAGAACUUCCAAAUAGACCUGAACAACCAAGUACGAGUUCAUAUAAGUACACCAAGCCUGCUUGCUGUAGAAGAAAUGUUGACAUUUCAGGUGAUAGUGCUGCUGACAUAUCUCCAGCCUUGUGCAUCUUCCAAGACCUUGUUCAGUGGUUAGUCGGUAUGAAAUUUUUUGCUGUUACAGAAAAUGAAGAAUUAUGCAUAUCAGCUUUUCAUGAGUCGAGCGGAUUAUCUUUUAGUCUGACGUUGACAAAGAAUGCAUCUGCAGAACCUGAAUUAGUGUACCGCGUAUUGUCACUGGGGACUUUUGAGAGAGUGGCCCCUGAAUGGAUGAGGGAUACAAUCAUGUUCAGCCCGAAUAUGUGUCCACUUUUCUUCCAGAGGGUUUCUCGUGUUAUCAAGCUCAGUUACUGAGUCCCUUUCUCGUAAGUUUCCAACUUGGGACCUGAUUGGGUUUAGUAUUUUGUAUAUAUAUCCCUCCAACUUUCUAUGUUGAGUUUAUAUUAUUCUACGUUCUCGAGCAGAAUUGUUUAGCUUAUUUUACUUUUACACAACUACAACUAUAUGUUGCGUAGAGCAAAUUUCUGGGUUGUUUCAUAGAGUUUUUAUUAUUACUCGAUCAUCUGUGAGGUAA